AUGGAGACCUUCAACUUCGGCAAGUACAACGGGAAGACGUUCGAGGAGGUUUUCGAGAAGCACAAGUCCUACGUCACAUGGGUGAAGAAUCUAGAAAACCCCUCGGGGUCGCUAAUCCAGUUCAAGGAGUAUGUCCUGGAGCGGGAAAAAGGGGAACAGGGGCAGCUUGGCCAUCCAGGUCACUUGGGCAGAAAAUCCCCUGCGAAGUGGUCGCGCGGCCAGGGGUGGGAAGAUGCCACUUCGGAUGGACAGCAAGAAAGGGGAGGAGGGGACACCUACCGAAGUAGAAACUCGUUUGAUAGAAGUCCCAGUGCAGUGCUCAAAGGGAUUGAUACUCCCGGAGGAAGUUACAAGAAGGAGGGAUACUACGAAGGGCUUAAAUCGGUGAACAAAAUGAAUAGCAGAGAGUACAAGACGUACGAGCGGAACAUAAUGAAUGAAAUAAGCAACAGCUAUAAUAAGAGUGAAAAGGGAGAAAGAGUCGAAUUGGACAUCAUAGUGGCGUUUGAAAUUUUCAGUGAUGACACAUUUAAGAUUGUCCAAAAGGAUAACAACAGCAAUGGGGGUGGUAGAAAAUUUCCUAGCUUUAAAAACUUCGUCCCGAAAGAGCUCUUUAAAAUACUAUCCGAAUUUAAUCCGACAUUAAAGAAAACGAACAACUCUUCCUGCAUCACGUUUGAAGCAGAUAAGUACGAAUACGUCUUGUCCAAUUUGAAAGAGAAGUGUACCAUCUUGGGAGGCAUACAGAGCAUCCCCAAUUUCCUUCUAAAGUGUUUUAAGCAAUACAGCCAAUUUUCAGAUCCGCAAAAGGUUUCCGAAAUGACUGCAAAUAUUCUGACGAGUACCCUAUGUCCAUACACGAAAAAAAAUUAUGACAAAAUGGACAUGCUUAUGGGAGAGAAGCUAAGUGCAGAGUUAAAAAAUUUUCAAAGAGAAGGAGUUCAUUUUGGUUUAAAAAAAAAUGGGAGAGUAUUAAUAGGCGAUGAAAUGGGAUUAGGAAAAACGUUACAAGCGUUAGCUUUGAUGGCAUUUUAUCAGGAGGACUGGCCAUUCAUCGUUGUGUGUCCAUCGUCCAUCCGUUUUCAGUGGAAAGAUCAGGCACUACGAUGGUUAUCUCAUCUGUUGUCGGAAGAUGAAAUCUGUGUUGUGAAGAGUGGAAAAACAAACAUCCCGAGGAAAUGCAAAAUGAUCAUAAUUUCCUACGAAUUAAUAACAAAAAAUGAUAAGUAUCGGAAUGGGUACAAAUCCAUCGUGUGUGAUGAAUCCCACUAUUUGAAAAACUCCUUUUCAAAGAGGACGAAGGCGAUCACCCCCAUUAUUAGGAGUGCAAAGAGGUGUGUGCUCCUAUCCGGUACCCCAGCUUUGAACAAACCAUCCGAAUUGUACGAACAGGUGGCUAGCAUUAUUCCUAACCUUUUUAAUUACCAUGAGUUUUGUGAAAGAUAUUGCUUUAAGGACAAAAAUAUAUACACGAGGAAGAUCGAAUACGUUGGAUGCAAACACACAGAGGAGUUACACCUAUUUCUGACGAACACGAUUAUGAUAAGGAGAUUAAAAAAAGACGUUUUGAAGGAACUGCCAGAAAAGCUCAGAUCUAAAAUUCCAGUGGAAAUACCUCCAAAGGAGUUGAGCGAAAUUCUUACUUAUCACAGAAAAUUAGAGUCCAAAAAGAAUAUCGACAUUGCGGACGAUUUGAACGAUCUGCCACUGUCAAGCGGGGGUAAUAAUGAGUAUGGUUAUGGCCAAAGCGGCAUUAGUGGCAUUCCCAACAGGGAUGACGAAGACAAUGUCUCCAUUUCGCAACUAUUCAAAAUGACGGGCUAUGCAAAAGUGAAAGCCAUAAAGGAGUAUAUCACCUACCUUAUCGAUGCGGACAUCAAGUUUCUUCUCUUCUGUCACCACAAAUUAGUGAUGGAUGAAAUUGGCGAUUUUCUGACAGAGAAAAAAACCAUGUUUAUACGAGUAGAUGGAUUAACCCCCAUUGAAAAAAGAGAAGUGUACAUUAAGAGCUUCCAAAAUGAUGACCAUGUAAGAGUUGCAUUACUGUCAUUAACUGCCUGCGGGAUAGGGUUAAACCUAACUGCUGCUAAUACAGUCGUUUUUGGAGAGUUAUACUGGGUACCGGGACAAAUAAUACAAGCAGAAGAUCGAGCACACAGAAUUGGUACCACCCAUGAAGUUGUCAACAUCCAUUAUUUAAUUGCACAAAAUACCAUUGAUGAAAUUGUCUGGAAAAUUAUUAACAGAAAGUGGAACACGCUUACCACGGCCUUGAAUGGGAUGGAAGACUCACUAAAUGUCAAGGAGGUAAAUAAGUUCGACAAAUUUAUGACAGACCUAACCAACGAUGCGAAUAAGUCCUAUCCCAGCUCCUUGGUGACAACCCCUAAAGUUAGGAGGAGGUCAUCCGAACAUAACAAAUCAGUUGAAAGCGCCAGUAGUAACACCAAACGAGAUAGGGACAUACGCGAUUUCUUCAAGUCCAGUGUGAAGUCCGACGAAAAGUCCAAUUGUGGCAAAAAGAGGUCGUACGACACUCCAACGAAUGAUUGCUCUUCGGACAGCACCUCGCCACUUAUUGUCAGGAAGCGGUACAAAACGGAGUUGCGCUAG